AUGGCCCCGGUCACCCAGCCCGUCAGUCUUCUGGCCCGUCUCAAAAGUCUGUACGCCAAAGAACGCGAUGAGCCAGUAAUUUCUGUACGGACGGCCGCUGUUUUCUCGGUCCUUUUGACUUUGGUCUAUGUCAUUCCAUUUUACAUCUCCUCGGCCACUCGGCCAUCGCCUACUCUCAGUCGAGACGCACCAUCUGUGAUUCGCGCCCGUAUCAGGGCCGUGACGCUGUCGUGUAUCAUCUGCACAGCUGCAGUGCUCUGUCUGAUUCUCCAAGAAGCCGAUGCUUCCUUGGUCGAUGCUCUCAAAUUUAUGGGCUGGUGGCCGAUCGGGUUUGUAGAGAUUCUCCAAAGUCUCCUCCUGACUGCCAUCCUCUUCACCGGUCCGCUUUUUGAACGAGGCGUGGCUGAAGGCGAAUGGCGUGAAUGGAUCCGUGGGGGCAGAAUAUCUGAAUCCCUUCGUGGCUGGAUUGGCUGGAGAAAUUACGUUGCUGGCCCUGUCACCGAGGAAAUCAUGUUUCGAUCAGCCAUUAUUCCCCUCCAUCUACUGGCUAAAGUGAGCCCAGGGCACAUUGUAUUCAUCGCCCCGCUCUAUUUUGGAAUUGCCCAUGUGCAUCAUUUCUACGAAUUCCGCCUCACGCACCCUGACACCCCCGUGGCCGCGGCGCUCCUGCGAUCUGUCUUCCAGUUCGGCUACACCACCGUCUUCGGCUGGUAUGCUACUUUUGUCUAUUUACGUACUGGAUCGCUGCUGGCUGUCAUUCUCGCUCAUACUUUUUGCAACUGGUGCGGUCUUCCCCGGUUAUGGGGCCGAGUGGAAGCCGCUGUACCUAUUGCACCGACUAAGGGUAAAAAUGACGAUUCUGGUCGACCGACGUUUGUGGUUCCGGGGGAGCUGGGAAUCGGCUGGUCGGUUGCGUACUACAUGCUUCUCUUUGCUGGGGCCAUUGGGUUUCGGUACGCUUUGUGGCCUUUGACUGAGUCGACGCAUGCUCUGGCGGGUUUCACAAAGUAG